AUGGCCGAUAAAGAGGGUAAAAAGCUUUCACGGAAAGAUUUGAAGAAAGCAAAAGCAAAAGCUGAUUAUGAGAAAGAAAUUCUCUCCAUGGGCGGUGUAGUCGAUAAUCUACCUGCAGUUCAAGAAAACGAACACGAAGGUGGAGGCAUUGGUUCCGGUGCCGAGCUCGGCGCUCAUUUCACAGUCUCUCAAGCUUCUAAAAAUGCGUCUCAACUAGCUCAAAUCGAAAACAGCAUGGAUAUUAAAGUAGAAAAUUUCGACAUUGCCGCGCAAGGGAAAUUAUUGUUUGACAAAGCCAAUUUAACGAUUGUUUAUGGCAGAAGAUAUGGACUUGUUGGUCCCAAUGGGAUGGGUAAAACUACCUUGCUCAAACAUAUUGCCGCUCGCAAACUCGCAAUUCCGUCUCAUAUCGAUUUGUUAUAUUGUGAACAAGAGAUUCAAGUGGAUAGUACCUCAGCUAUUGAUACCGUUGUUAGAGCCGACAAGAAACGAUUAGCUCUUAUUGAAGAGGAAACUAAGUUAACGGCAGAAUUGGAGGCUGGAAACACUGGUGUAACAGAGAGACUCAAAGAGGUGAAUGAUGAGCUUCGCGAUAUUGGUGCUGAUUCUGCUGAGCCAAGAGCCCGGCGAAUUCUUGCUGGUUUAGGAUUCACGAAGGAAAUGCAAGAAAAGCCCUGCACGGACUUCUCUGGAGGUUGGCGUAUGCGUAUUUCUCUCGCCCGUGCUCUUUUCUUGGAGCCAACGCUUCUUAUGCUUGAUGAACCGACAAAUCACUUGGAUCUUAAUGCAGUUAUCUGGCUUGAUAACUACCUUCAAUCUUGGAAAAAAACUCUUCUCAUCGUUUCCCACGACCAAGGAUUUUUGGAUAGCGUCUGUACUGAUAUUCUUCAUCUGGAUAAUAAGAAACUCUAUGAAUACCGAGGAAACUACACGUUGUUCAAAAAAAUGUAUGUGCAAAAAUUGCAAGUGCACAUCAAAGCUUUCGAACAGCAGCAGAAGCAACUGAAGGCCAUGAAGAAGGAAGGUAAGAGCAGUAAGCAAGCUGAAGAGCAAAUCAAGACGCAAAUUGCUAAUAAAGCAAAGAAGGGAGGCAAAAGCAAAGCUGGUUCAUCAUCAAUGGGCGACGACACCGAUGCUCCUCCGCCAGAGCUGCUGCAAAAAAUUAAAGAAUAUCAAGUGAAAUUCGUAUUUCCUGAAACUACAAAGCUUAAUCCGCCAGUUCUUGGACUCCAUGACGUCACAUUCGGUUACGGAAAUGAGAUUUUGUUCAAGAAUGUUGAUUUUGGAGUUGAUAUGGAUUCAAGAAUUGCGAUUGUUGGACCAAACGGUGUUGGAAAAUCGACAUUGUUGAAGUUGUUAAUAGGAAAAAUUGAGCCGACAUCGGGAGAGCUUCGUAAAAACCGUCUUGCAAAGAUUGGCUGGUUUGAUCAGCAUUCGAACGAAGCUUUGAAUGGAGAGCAAACCCCUGUCGAGUACCUUUGCACUAAAUUCAACAUUGAUUAUCAAGAAGCUCGCAAGCAACUUGGAACAACUGGUCUGGCUGGUCAUGCUCAUACAGUAAAAAUCAAGGAUCUCUCAGGAGGACAGAAAUCAAGAGUGGCGCUUUGCGAUUUAGCACUUGGACAUCCAGAUAUUAUCAUUUUGGAUGAGCCUACAAACAACCUCGAUAUUGAAUCAAUUGAUGCCCUAGCUCAAGCAAUCGAAGAAUUCGAAGGAGGUGUUGUGAUGGUUACUCACGAUGAGAGAUUGGUCCGAAAGACGAAUUGCUCCCUUUGGAUUGUUGAGAAUCAGGAUAUAUCCGAGAUUGAUGGCGACUUCGAUGAUUACAAGAAGGAAGUUCUUGAUGCACUUGACUUGAUCUUUAAAAAAAUGGAAGAAUUGGAUCAGAUUUCUCCUUUCAUUCUUCAUAGAGCUGAAAUUAAAGACGAUGAAAUUUAUUUUCUCAAUCGGGAAAGGUUAAAUAAUACCAUUACGGUAAUAUUUGAAAUCGAUCCAGAGCCGAGAAAGCAGUUUGCAACUAUUUACGCGAAAUUGGAAGACGAUACUCUAGUUAUGAGAAGAGACGAUUAUGAAAGGACAACUGAAAAGGAGCGUACAAUUCUUAAAAAUAUUAACUAUUUCGAAAAAGGAAUCGAAGUGUUCGAGAAUGCGUUGAAACGCUCGAAUUAUUGCGUGAAUUCCUGUACAAUUGAAAUGGAAAAUUGGGAUAUUACUAGAUCAUCGAUUAAAACAUUGAAAGGAUGCCACUCAUUCAGAAUUGCUUAUGGCAGUAUUGAGCAACUGAAGUAUGCUCUGAAUAUUCUGAAUGAUCAAGUUUCCGAUCUUCAAUUAGUCGAUAAUAAUAGAGAUGAACCAAAUGCGAUUACAAUUCCGGAAGACGUUCUUGCUCAUUCUCAGAUUCAAAAUGCAAAAUCCUUCUACUUCUGGGCUAAUUGCAACUUCACUGAAGAACACUUUUUGACGCUUUCAGCAAUGAAUUUCACGUUCACAUCGACGACAGUGAGCGAAGAAGUGCUAAACAAAUUUAUUAAGAGAUGGAUAAAUGGCCAAGGAGUUGAAGGCUUCCAACAUGUCAGGAUUUGGUCAACCCGAGAAUUCAAUGAGGACAAAGUGCUAGAAAAUAUCACUUUCCGUAGAUGGGAUCGUGCGUUUAGAGAAGAAACAGGAGGCUUUGACAGUGAUUUUGAUCGUGUGAUGAUGAGAUCAGCAAACUGUGUUCAAAUAAUGCAUUCCGAUCAAAAAACGUCGGCAACCAUGGGAAUAUCAUCAAGCGGAUUCUUAUUCGUCGUCACUGGAAAAUAUUUAGAUGAUUACAAUGUCUUCAGUUAUUCAAUUCCAAUGUAA